CGGAUCCCCGGCGCGACAGCGACGCGGAAACGGAGCCAAUAAGCUGUGAAGACAGAGUCGGAGGAGGAUCUGCGCGGAGUUUCAAAUCCGCUGGGGUGGGCGAGAAGCAGCUGUGUUCUGCGUCUGGUCGACGUCGGAGUUGUUGGAGUCUGGUGAACAGAACAGACUCUUGGCCUGGCAGAUGGCCUCUCGGUGGCCAAGCAUGGGGACCUCCAUGCGCAGGCGAUCUCACCAGGACCGGGAACAGCUGGAGGAGGACGAGGUGUUACAGCCUGCAGUUGGCCAUCUGGAGACCUCCAGCGCCCUGGGCUCUCUCUGCAGACAGUUCCAAAGAAGGCUGCCCCUAAGAGCAGUCAGCCUCAACCUCGGGACGGGUUCCUCCUGGAAACGCCUGGAAACCCCUGAGCCAGGGCAGCAGGGCCUCCAGGCUGCAGCUCGCUCAGCUAAAAACGCCUUGGGUGCCAUGUCCCAGAGAAUCCAGGAGUCCUGCCAAAGUGGAACCAAGUGGCUGGUGGAAACCCAGGUGAAAGCCAGGAGGAGGAAGAGAGAGGCACAGAAGGGCAGUAGCCCCCUAGCUCGCAGCCAGAGCCAGAGGAGCACCCGCCUUUCUGGAACCGCCCCUGUCCGCUCAACUCUGGGCCCCUGGGAGAGGGAGCGUCACCGCCUCUCCACUCAGAUGGGUCCAUGUGCUCACCCACUGAGGCGGUCCAGGAGGGAAGCUGCCUUCCGGAGCCCCUACUCCUCUAUGGAUCCCCUCUGUUCCCCCAGUGAAUCUGACAGUGACCUAGAGCCUGUGGGGGCAGGAAUCCAGCAUCUCCAGAAGCUGUCUCAAGAGCUGAAUGAGGCCAUUGUGGCAGAAGAUAGCGGCGACAUGACCAUUUCUCUCCUCCGUGACUGAGGAUAGUGCCCUUCAGGAGCAAGCCAUACCUGACCCUCACGCCCCCACGCCCAGGAUCCGUGCCUCCCCGUGAGUUCCUGGAAGAAGUCCCCGAGAGUCGACAGCGCCCCUGGGCCGCUGCUAACAAGGACCCAACUAACAAAGACCCAACUAACAAGGUCCCAGGUAGGGGCUGCCCUGGCGCCUCUGCUCUCCGGCUCCUGCCACAUCUGGGCCCACCAGUGACCAUCAGCCGUAGCCCGAGAGUGACUCGGGAGACCUGAGAGGGGUGGGGGAUUGUUCAUCCUAUCCCCUUUUGGGCUCUGAAAUACACCACACACCUGAGCCUUGUGAUUAUUGCCUUGUUUGCAAUGUGAAGCGCAGGCUCUAGAAGAUGCUCGAGUGUUGAGCUAUGUGCCCAGGAGUGGGGGCUGCAGGGAGUCACCCCCUCUGUCACCAGUGCUGAGGCUCUUGGGAACCAGCUCCUGUCCCUGCUCUGGAAGAAGGGAUAGGAGGGAUUUCCGGGCUCUGAGACCCUGGGCCCACGGGUACCUAUUUAUAUUCUUAGCACAGGGCGCUGUGGGUGUGCAAGGAGGGGUAGCUCUGCUCGGCAGCAAUUUCUGCCCUUUGUAAAUUAUUUAAAAAAUCUGCUUUGUCAUUAGAAAGAAACCAGUGUGUAACUUUCCUAGAUAACAUUACUUUCUCUAUUAUAAUAAAGUCUCUUUCUGUAUUUGA